ACACUAAUCAGAGCAUACAAAACCUACACCCGCACCCUCAACUCACUAGGGACCCACAAGGCAGUCAUACAGUCAAAAUUCCCAGACUUCCAUUUUACGUGUGUUUUUCCGCAAAGAAAAUAUCACGCGGUCUUCGUCCUGUUCUUAAAAACCCUCAACCCCCUCUUCGUCGCUUUUCUUCUCUACACGAAACCGGGAAAGAGCGGCGCGAUCAAAUCCUUUAUACCAUUCUCUCUCCGAUCUAUCGAGAAUCGGCUUCUGCUGCAGAUGUCUUUUGAGACCAGUAAGGAUUUCCCUCCAUGGUUGCUUUGGCGUGACUUUUGGAGCACAUGUCGUAGCCGAUUGUGGUUUUCUUGCCGAACUUUGUUUCGGGAUUGGACUUGACAAACAUUAGAAUCUGCUGUGACUGUAGGUCACAAUUUCUGUGUAGUUUUUAUUUCCAGCAUUCACAAAAAAAAAGAGAAAAAACAGUAGAAAUUAGAAGGUUUUGAAAAUUUUCUUGUAAUUCAAGGUCUCCUUGUUGUCGUCGAGCCAAGCCAGCUCUACUUCUUUGUAGUAGAGAAGAAGAUUCUGUGACAUAUUAUGAUGGCUAAGACUUCUCUGCCACCUGGUUUUCGUUUCCAUCCGACUGAUGUUGAGCUGGUUUGGUACUACUUGAAGCGGAAAAUAAUGGGAAAGCCUUUCCGGUUUGAGGCUAUUUCAGUGGUUGAGCUGUACAAAUUUGCUCCCUGGGAUCUUCCUGGUAAAUCUUGCUUGCGAAGCAGAGAUCUAGAAUGGUACUUCUUUUGCCCUCGAGAUAAGAAAUAUUCUCAGGGAUCUAGAACAAACCGUGCUACUGAUAUUGGUUACUGGAAAACAACUGGAAAAGACAGAUCCAUUUUUCACAACUCUCAAACUGUGGGGAUGAAGAAGACCCUUAUUUUUCAUUUAGGCAAGGCACCACAUGGCUCUAGGACUGACUGGGUCAUGUAUGAAUUCAGGCUCGAAUCAAAUGAAUUGGUUACUGCUGGAUACACACAGGAUGCCUAUGUUCUCUGCAAGAUAUUUCAGAAAAGUGGUCCCGGUCCAAGAAAUGGGGAACAAUAUGGUGCACCAUUUAAUGAGGAGGAUUGGGAGGAUGUUACGGAUACCGAGGAUGUUGGUUCCUUUCCAAGUAUCUUUCCAUCUGAGAAUGCUCAUCUUUUUUGCUCUGUUCCUCAACAAUCUGCUUCUUCUGAAGUUGUGUGGCCUUCCUCUAUAAUAAGUACAUUUGAAGUUGGAGAACUAUCCCAUGUUCCAGAACCUUCAGGAGUUGGAGAAUCUUCUUAUAUGCAAUACAACUCUGAAGUUGGUGAAUCCUCUUAUGUGCCAAACCCUUCUUGUGAUGACGGAAUCCUAUUAGAACAAGUGGAAGCGUAUCUUAAUAGUUCUCCAACUCAUUCAGAAAUUGCUAAAGGCGAGCAUGUGUUAGAUUCAGGAUUUCUGCUUGAGGAGUUCAUUUCAGAACCUGAUACUGCCUUUCAGAAUGUAUAUGACGAUCUCGCUGAUCCCCCCGUCCAGUCAUUUUCGGAAACAACUGAUGGAAUUCUGCACUCUGACGCUACAGGCUGUGAAUACACAUUGCAUAAUGCAUUAGCAGAAUUUGUUGAUUGGCAGUAUAUGGAGAUUACUGAUCUCAAUUUUACAGGAGAAGGGAAUCCUGCUGAGUUUGUUCAUCCGGGAAAUCAUCGUAGUCUACUUGCCGAUUAUGCAAGUUCCUACUUUCCUGGUAACACUUGUGUUGAAAGUGUUACAGACACUUACGUUGAAAGUGUUACUGGCACUCAUAUGGUGAGUGAGUCACUGCAAACAGGAUUUUGUUUCUCUGACCACUUUCUAUCUAUGUCUGAGGAUCAUGAUCUGCAUGAAGGGGAAAAUGGUGAAGGAAAAUCUCUGCACGGUUCUACUUUAGGAAGUUAGGAAGUAAGAAUGCUCUGAUUGGAUGCAUGAAAAUGUGGACUUGAGAUCAGCGUCUGGAUUUGCAUUUUCCCCUGUAUUUGGUUGUCGAGAUCACGAUCUGCAUGAAGGGAAAAACGGUGAAGGCAAAUCUCUGCAUGAUUCUACUGAGCAAGUUGGUAAGAAAGAAGCGUUCUGACUUGAUGCAUGAUAAUGCGGACUUGAGAUCAGCAUCUGGACCUGAAUUUUUCCCUGUAUUUGGUUGUCAGGGAAAAAUCUAACCUAGUUAGGACUUUAUUUCUGCUUACUAUGAAUAAUAUGUAAACCUAUGUCAGCUUCAUGCGGAUAAUUGAUGUUGAAUUUCAAAGUUCUACCCGGUUGGAUUUUGAUUUUAUCAGUAUAAAAAUGUUUGUUUGCCUUUUUUU